CUACACUUGUUGAUUUUUUAAUGAGACGGAAUCUUUGUUCCAAAUAUUUGGAUUGAAACAAUUUACUGUCACUCAUUUUCAACAAAGCUUAUACCCAGCUGUUGUGUGUCACUCACACUUGCAAUGGCGAAAGGCGCGAAACCCGAACAACACCAUGCCUCAGACGAGGAAAUGCCCUCCAUCGAGGAGAACCUUUACAAAAUUCUCGGCGUAGCGUCAGACGCAACCCCAGAAGCGAUCAAGAGCGCAUACAAGAAGGGUGCAUUGAGAAACCAUCCCGACAAGGUCAGCGAAGAUGCGCGCGAAGAAGCCAAUGCGAAAUUCCAGCGCAUCGCGCUGGCAUACGGUGUCCUCUCCGACCCACGCCGACGCAACAUAUACGACCGCACCGGCAGCACAGAUGAAGCCUUUGGAGAAGACGGCGACUUCAACUGGAUGGACUUCUACCGUGAACAGCUAUCAGCGAUGCUCGACAAACGUGCGAUCUCGGACUUCCAGAAGAAAUACCAAAACUCAGACGAGGAGAAGAAGGAUCUGCUUGCUGCGUAUACCACGCACGAGGGCGACAUGGAUGGGAUCUACGAGACUGUCAUGCUGUCCAAUGUCCUUGAUGACGAUGAGCGGUUCCGUGCCAUUAUUGAUCAGGCUAUUGCGGACGGAGAAGUGGAGGAUUUCGAGGAUUAUUCCCAGGAGCCUGAGGCGAAGAAGAAGCAGCGGGUGAAGAAGGCUCAGAAGGAGGCUAAAGAGGCGGAGAAGUUGGCGAAGAAGAUUGAGAAUAAGAAGAAGAAGGAGGCUGCGAAGGGGUCUAAGGGCUCUGAGAGUAGUCUGGAUGAUCUCCAGGCUAUGAUUACCAAACGUCAGCAGGAUCGUGGUGCUGGGUUCUUGGCUCGUCUGGAGGAGAAGUAUGCGCAACCUAAUGGGAGGAAGCGCGGUGUUGAGGAUGAGCCUUCAGAUGAGGCCUUUGCUGCUGUUGGUGCUCGGAAGCAAUCUAAGGAGGGUGCAAAGCCCAAGUCGAAGAGGUCCAAGUCUUGA